GUUUGUAACGGAAUCCAAUCUAAAACAUUAACUGUAACUGCAGACUUCUGCAGGUUGCUGAUUUUCAUAAAGCAUUUAUAUAAAAAGAUCCUUGGCUUCUACUCCUCUGUGGAAUGUGGAUUUACCUCUUUAAGGAUAUCUUAACUCUAGUUUUUAUUUUAUCGCAUAGAAAUUAUCGGGAUGUGUAUGAAAGGGAUUGUUAUUGUCUUUUACAAUGCUUUGGCAUUUUGCAUUGUUUUGCUAAUGGAACAGAUUUUGUCUUAAGCCUAGAUUUAUUACUUGCAUUAGUAUUAAAUCCAAACAGGAUGAUCACUUUGAAGGCUCUCAUGAGGUCUGGGUAUUAGUGACUUGGUUACCAGAGCAUUUUACAUACAUGCUGAAGAACAAGAAGACAAAAUCCAUUAUCUCUGGAUAACAACCUGUGAGACUCAUCGUACCUGGAGUUUUUGACCUUCACCAAAGAAUGGAGCGAGCAACGGCAAAGAAUUCUUAAUAUUCCAAAUUCAAACUUUGAUUUCAUUAAUAAGUUAUUAGACCCUGAAGCUGUGAAGUAGAUUGGAAUGAAAAAGCCAACUUGAAUAAAUACAACUUUUCCUCAUCUGCAAGAUUUUGUAUGAGUGCUAUAUAUAUCUUAUUGGUAACAGAACAAGAUUCAAUCAUGUAAAGAAGAAAAUGCCAUCUUCUUUAUCAGAUUAGAAAAAAUGAUCUACCACAACAUGACAUUGCUUACAUUUUUAUCAAACAUAAGUUCUACAGCAAAGACACUUCUUCAUACAAAAAUCCUUUAUAACGCAACUGAAAUAACAUUCGGGAGCAAUGACAUUCCCAAAUUCUUCUACAACACCUCUGAUAUCACAGAUGAAGUCAAUAUUUCAAAAAAUGGGAAUGAUACACAAAGAGAUUACCUAGGUGGACAUACUUUAUGGCAAGUGUUUUUAAUUGCCAGUUUUAGUGGCAUAAUUGCCUUGGUGACUGUUAUAGGGAACAUUUUAGUAAUUUUAGCAUUUAAGGUAAAUAAGCAGUUGAAAACUGUUAACAACUAUUUCUUAUUGAGUCUUGCCUGUGCUGACCUCAUAAUUGGUGUGAUUUCCAUGAAUCUUUUUACCACCUAUAUUAUCAUGGAUCAUUGGGCUAUGGGUAGUCUUGCAUGUGACCUCUGGCUUAUGAUUGACUACGUGGCAAGCAAUGCAUCUGUCAUGAAUCUACUUGUUAUCAGUUUUGACAGAUAUUUUUCUAUUACAAGACCACUUACUUACAGAACAAAACGAACUACUAAAAGAGCGGGAAUUAUGAUUGGCUUGGCAUGGAUCAUAUCAUUUAUACUUUGGGCCCCGGCUAUUUUAUUCUGGCAAUACUUUGUUGGAAAGCGUACUGUACCAUCUGAAGAAUGUUUUAUUCAGUUCUUAACUGAACCAAUAAUUACUUUUGGAACAGCUAUUGCUGCAUUUUAUCUUCCAGUAUCAAUUAUGACAAUUCUUUACUGGAGAAUAUACAAAGAAACUGAAAAACGUACAAAAGAGUUGGCAGGAUUACAAGCCUCUGGAGGUAAACUUGAGGUACCAGUGAUUUCUCGUCGAAUGGGCAAUUCUAGAGGCAAUAGCAAUUAUAAAAUCCAGCGUAACAUAAAAUUUUCUUCCAGAACUAGAUAUAGUUGGUGCACUUUUCGUUUCAAACCAAAAAUGUGCAAGACAGACAAAAAGCAGAUUGAGCAAGACCCAAGUAGUAACGAGAGCUGGAAUCAUAAUUAUGCCAAUGCAUCGCUGGAUAAUUCAGGCACCUCAGAUGAAGAAGAUGUUCCUGAAAAUCCACGAGCUAUUUACUCUAUUGUUUUGAAGCUACCUGGACAUAGUUCUGUUCUUAGUAAAACAAAAUCACAGUCUUCUAAUCAAGUUAACACCUCAUCAAAAGGUAUGCAGAGGUCAGGACCACAACCUAAAGAACUCAGAUUUAAGAAUCUAAAUUCUCAAAGAACUUUGCAAAAUAAAGAUGAAUCAGUUUCUGUAUCUUCAGGUCCACAAACUGACCAUUCCGUGAAUUUAUCUUCUAAGACAACAGCACCUCUUCCUAUAUCUUUUAAAGAGAUAGCAUUGGCUAAACGUUUUGCUGCUAAAACCAGAAAUCAAAUCACAAAACGAAAACGUAUGUCUCUCAUCAAAGAAAAAAAAGCUGCACAAACACUUAGUGCAAUUCUGUUAGCAUUUAUCAUAACUUGGGCUCCAUAUAACAUAAUGGUGUUAGUCAAUACGUUCUGUGAAAGCUGUAUUCCCAGAAUAUACUGGAACUUGGGGUACUGGCUUUGUUAUAUUAACAGCACAAUAAACCCUAUAUGUUAUGCACUUUGCAAUAAAACAUUCAGGACCACUUUUAAAAUACUACUGCUUUGCCAGUGUGAUAAAAUAAAGAGGCGUAAGAAGCAAUACCAACUAACCAAACCUAUUUUUCAAAGACAUGUGACAAAUAAAUCUUUAUGAAAGUAUGCAUGCUUAAUGCACAGAUGUGUCACUGUAUAUUUGUAAUAGGACUGUUACUGUUGAAAGGAAUGUGUGUUUUCUAUGAUAAAAAAAGAAAUGGAGAAAAGGUGUCAGACAAUUGGUUGUAAUUUAUUAUGCAAACAGAAAAAGGUAUGUAAAAGUAAACUAUACUUUUUCAAAAAGUACAAACUGUUACCUCCAUUAACAUUUCAGAAAAUAAAAUACAAUUAUGGGAUUUAUUAUCCCGAUUAGUGUCUGGAAUUUUUCAGAAUAGGUGGUCUAUGUAUAAUUUGGAACAUGCUACAUUUAGCAUUAAAAAAUGAGAAGGACUGCAUUUCCAGUGACAUUUAUGUAUGUCAGAAGUGCUAAAAUCAAGUUUAAGGUAUAGUUUUAUAUUUACAAAGAAAAAGUAAUUCAGUGAAAAUUAAGAUUUUUUCCUAAAUAGGGCAUUGUGAAAAAAUGGCAUGGCUGUAUUUAUUGGAGCUUACUAGCUAGCAGGUUUCCAGAUAAUAAAUCCUAUAACUCUAUAUUUACAGUAUAAUAUGAUUGUAUAAGUUGCUACUACUUAAAACUCAGAAAAGGUACAAAGGAAAAACUGAAAAUAAUAACUUUAAAAUAAGCAUGCUCUCUUCACGUUUGAUAUUGUAAAAGUGUUAAUUUUUACAGGUAUCAUUUAAACUUAUAUCUCAGUCUAUUGUAAAAUGGGAAAUGCACACAAACAUUUCAACAGAAAUAACAGUUUUCAGUGUUAAUAUCCAGAGGCAAAGAAAACCAAUGACAGGUACCUGUUGAUGUAUGUAUUUUUUAUGCAUUGUAUACAUUUGAUAUUUUUGUGGAUUAGUGCAUUUUCAAGUUUUGAGGUCAAAGUCAGAUAAUAAUAGUGACGCUUUUACUCUUAACACGUUUAUAGUCUCAAUGACAAUACAUAGUUAUUUU